AUGGAAAGAAUACAAAUAAUAUCAAAUCAUUUAACAUCAGGUAAAACACAAGAUACAUCAUCAACAUCAUCAUUCGAUUAUUACCAAUUAGACGAUUUGUUAAAUGACAAUGACAAAGAUAUUAGAUACAAAAUUAAAAGUUUUGUAGACAAUGAAUUAAAUAAAAUAAAUAUUAAUGAAUAUUACGAAAAAGCAGAAUUCCCAUUUGAAGUUUUAGAAAAGUUAUCAAAAUUAAACUUAGUAGGAUCUACAAUGAAAGGAUAUGGAUGUUCAAAUAUAACACCAACAUCAUUAGGAUUAAUCGGAAUGGAGUUGGCAAAGAGUAGUGCAGAUUUAGCAACAUUUUAUGCAAUUUUAUUAAAUAUUACAAUGUUGGGUAUAUAUUAUUGUGGAAGUGAACAACAAAAAGAAAAAUAUUUACCAGAUUUAGCAUCAAUGAAAAAAAUUGGUGCAUUUGCAUUAACAGAACCUAAUGCUGGUAGUGAUGCCGCUGGUUUACAGUGUAAAGCAAAAAAAGUCGAUGGUGGUUGGUUAUUAACUGGUGAAAAAAGAUGGAUUGGGAAUGCUCCAUUUGCUGAUGUCAUUGUUGUUUGGGCAAGAAAUGUAGACACUAAUAAAAUACAUGGUUUCAUUGUUGAACCUAAAACCGUCAAUCAAAAAGGUUGCAGAAUUGAAACUAUUAAAAAUAAGAUUGCAUUAAGAAGUGUUCAAAAUGGUCAUAUUUAUUUUGAUAAUUGUUUUAUUAGAGAGGAUCAAAGAUUACCAUUAGCAAAUGAUUUUAAUAGUGGUCCAGGAAGAUGCUUAUUUUUGACUAGGGUAGUAGUAGGAUGGAUUGCAUUGGGUAUAGCAUCAAAUGCAUACGAAAAGUGUUUGGAGUAUGUUAAAAAUAGACAACAAUUCGGGCAACCACUAGCACAGUUCCAAAUCAUUCAAGAUAGAUUGGUUAAAAUGAUGGGUAAUAUCCAAGCAAUUGCACUAAUGUGUAUUAGAGUCUCGAGUCUUUAUGAACAAUCAAAACUAACAUUGGGUCAAGCUGGUUUAUUGAAAGCAUUUGCAUCUGCUAAAGCUAGAGAGGUUGUAUCUUUAGCAAGAGAGUGUUUUGGAGGCAAUGGUAUUUUAUUGGAUCAAGGUGGUAUUGGUAGAAACUUCGUUGAUAUUGAAGGUGUUUAUACUUAUGAAGGCACAUACGAUAUUAAUACUUUGGUUGCUGGUAGAGAAAUUACGAAAUUAUCAGCAAUAUCCUCAAAUAACAGAAAUUUUAAUAAAUAA